AUGGCUCGUGUAGCGUCGUCUCCGAUUCUGGUUACUUCGGCGUCGUCAAAUUCGACGACUGGGAUGAACACGGCCGACAAUCAGAUCAAGAUUAUGGUCUGCCAAGAGGCCAAGGUGUUGGCGAGCACGGAGGAGAAGCGCCGAAAGUUCGUGGUCUGGAUUCGCGUGAUGGGCUUCAUCAACUUUGGCCUCUUGCGGCUGGUCGUGUCGCUUGGCGACAGUGUCGUGGAUUCAGCUUUACCAUUUGGGCGUCAAAACUUUUGGAUGGGUUUUCGAUUGACUGCACCGACGGCCGCCGAAACUACGAUGGGCCGGGCAAAGAUUGAGAUCAAGUUCGGUUCGAAAAAAAUAGCCAGCUACGACGGACCGUCGUUCAACAUUAGCGCCACCAAGGCAAAGCCGGCUCUACGCAACGACGCAAUCGUGCUUUUGACGACGCCGGACGGUCUCUUCCUUGCGAUGAAAAACUCGACCCCGAUCCUCUCCGCCGUGCCGAUGCCGCUGAAGCUUCACCAAGGUGACCAUGGCAGUUUCAUCAAAAAGGGUGAGACGGUGGAGUUCUACCGGAAAAAGCGAGGCUCCGGAUGUAACGUCAAAAUCCUUCAAUUGCCAUACGUCGUUAUGUUGACGUUGACGGUCCCGAAUGUCUACGAUCCGACGGCCACGACUUUCCGAGUCCGAGAAGUUGUGAUGCUGCCUGCGUUCCCGAUCAAGCCACCGAUCAUCAAAAGCUACGAUGGACGCCGCAUCCAGAUCUUCACCGACUGCGAAGAGGUGACCGUGAAAUCUGGAGGAAAGCUGCUCCAGCCGCUCUAUUUUGUCGCUGGAACACCCGGCCGCCACACGUUCUACUGCGACGGAGCGAAGGGUCAAGUCUUUACUGUUGCGCUCAACGGCGAGCGAUGGGAUUUGCAACUUGCGGAUAUG